AUGGCUGAGGGGUACGUGCUGGUGCAUGUCCUGGAAGUCCUUGUGCCGGGCAAAGACCUGGGGGACGCGCCCUCCUGUGAGGUAGCUUUGGCCGAUGCCACUGCGCAGUGCCCCGUUCCGUCCACGCUGGAGGGCGAGAAUAUCGCCCUGCCGAUUCCGGGGGACGCGGAUCCCGUGGUCUACGUGCGCGCCAGAGACUCUGAGCAGCGGCCGGUGGGCAUGGUGGUGGUGCCAGUCUCCGCGCUGGUGCCUAUGGAGAUUUGGAACGUGUGGUAUGCCAUGGACGAUGGGAGUGAAGAUGUGGAGGAGAAACCUGCCGAGGAGACGCCAAAGAUGCAUUUACUCCUCGAGCACGUUCCUGCGGAGGCGGCAGCACAGGAGACGAAGCAGUCCCGGGAUAUGCGCACGCAGGACUUCCUCCUCCGCGCGCUUCAGCAACUGAAUGCGUCGCUGGAGGCGAAGGUGAUGGAGCAGGGCCCCAGUGCCACGACGGCCAGCGCAGGCCCGCGCCGGGGUGCGCCUGCAACGCGGUCCAGGACCGCCGCUUCCGGCACCUCCGGCGCCUCCGGCGGCUUGAAGCCGCUGCGCGCCGCCGGCGCGCUGGCUCCUCGGCGCAGCGCCCCGGCAAAGGAGGAAAGCCCGGUGCCGGAACCCAAUGGUGAGGACAAGGAGGAAAGACUCAGGAUGCAGGAGGAGGCCUUCAAGCUGCGCCUGGCGCCCUACGAGCGCGCCAUCGCUGCGCUGGAGGAGAAGCAGAGGCUCUACGAUGACCAGGAGGCGAGGAUCCGGGCGCUCUCCAAAGCCUUAGAGGAGCAGCAGAGCAGGUCCCAGGUGCUGGUUCACAGGCUGCAGGAGGAGCUGCAGCAGAGCCGCCAUGAGGCGGAGCAAGAGCGGGUGAGUCUCCGGGAGGUCGCUUCCACACGGGCAGUCUCGCAGCAGCGGGUGGGGGAGCUGGAGCAGGAGGUGGCGCUGCGGAAGAGCCACGAAGAGUCCCUGCAGCAGCGCUUGGCCUUGAUGGAGGGGGAGAUCCAGAUGGUACACCAAAAAGGCCAAGCAGUGCAGGUGGCAGAGGACGAGGCGCGGCGCGCGGUGGAGUCUGUGGAGUCGCUGCGGCUCACGCGGCAAAGGCUGCAGGACCAGCUGCAGGAGCAGGGACGGGAACUGUCCACGCUCCGGGAAGAGAAUUGGCAGCUGAAGGAGGACCGCGGCCGCGAGAUCGAGAAGGCGCGGGCCAUCUCGGAGAGGGAGAUCUUGGCCAAGGAGACCUUGCAGCUGGAGCUGCUGCAGCUUCAGGAUCAGGUCCGCGACAAGGAGGCCGAGGCCAAGCUGGCGCGGGAGCGGGCGGAGAACUGCCAACGGCAAGUGGCGACCCUGGAGAACGAGGUCUCGUCGCUGCAAGCCCUGCUCGAACGGGAGAGGCAGCACAGAUCGCAGCUGGACCACAAGCUGGGCCAGCUGGAGAUGCAGAAGCUUGACUCCACCCUGGAUGAGCACCGCACUUUGGUGCGGGGACUACGCCACGACUUGGAGAAGGCGCGCCAGGAGCUGAGCGACGAGCGAGGCCGGUCCAACACCAUGGAGGUGGAGAUGGCUGCCGCAAAGAAGGACCUGGUGCGGGGCCAGCGGCAGUUGGAGGAGAUCCGGAAUCAGGUGACCUCACAGGACGAGCUGCGGGAGGAAAUCCGCUCGCUUUCCGAGAGGAACGAGGCGCUUCGUGAGCAGAUGCGGACCAUGCAGCAGGAGUGUCGGAAGGUCACAGAGCGGGUGGAGGCGGAGUUGAAGGAACAGCUGGAGAUGCAGCGCAGGGCCAACGAGGAAAGGGAAGCGAAGAUGGCGGACCACGCCGAGCUGAAGCGCCAGCUGUCGGUGGCUGUCAGCAAGGUCGAGGAGCUGCAGCUUCUGCAGGACCAGACGCUCCGCGCUUUGGAGGCGUCCCGAAAGACCUCCCAGAGCUCCGAGGACUUGGCCCAACAGCUGCACCAGCUGCAGGAGGAGCUGGGCACGUCCCUGCGCGACCGCAACGAACUGCACGAGCACGUGGAGAAAGCGACCGGCCAAUUCCGGGAGGACAUCUUUGCGCAGAACCGGCGUCAGUCGGAGCUAGAGGCAAUGCUGGAGGAUAGGAACAAUGAGAUCAAGCUCUUGAUGUACAGAUUGCAGGAGCUGUCCUCUCGCUACGUGCCGGCAAAGGCGGACGCGACUGACAUGAUCCUGGCACGCUGGAUCAACGGGUACAGGCCGGCGGUGCCCUUCUUCCGCCUCUCCCAGGGCUUGUACCUCUUCGGGCGUCGCCAGGUGAUUUGCAAGAUCUCCAACGAUAAGCCGGUCUUCCGAGUUGGUGGAGGCUUUGUAGGCUUCGAGAAGUUCUUGGAACAGUUCGCGUCGGAGGAGCUGGAGCGCCUGUUGACGUAUGACCUUGAUGACAAAACCGGGGAGCCCAAGUUCUUGGAAGGCCUGAAGGCGAAGCAGAUCAUUGAAGAGUCUGGGCUGGUGGAGGAGUUGCGGGUGAAGGCCGAGGACGGGGCUCCGAGGAGCCUUCGGUCCGGAGGCCUCCAGAGUACUCUGAGCCGCCGGUCCCUGAAUUCCUCUCGCGGAAGUUUGUGA